UGAUCUCUAAUUUGCGACACAUGACCGUACACUAAUUUACGUAUUAAGUACAAAUAUAAGAUAUAAGAAGUUGCUACAGAAGUGGUUCAGUGACACUGAUAGUUAACAAUCAAUUAAACAAUUAUUAUAUUAAAAACAACACUACUUUAAGUAACAAUUGAUAAUUGUUAAAAACACUCAGACAUAUUUUAAUUGUUAUGUCAUAAAACAAUCUUAAUAAACAAAAUAAAAAUGCACUGUCACAUUCCAAAAAAUUAAAAUAUUUACACAAGUACAACUAAUUGGAGUGACCAAUACUCGAUCAAUAGUUAUUAAAAAUAAUAAAUUAAAGCAUGCUGUUGACAUUUAUCUACAUGAUAUUAACCUGGGCAAGAGCACGGAGACUGACACCUCUGAGGACGUACCUCUUCAGAGUGCUCAACAGCAGCAACAGUAAUAACUUACCAAAUUAUGUAAAACCUUCUUUAAUGUGUCAUAUUAAAUCUUCAGAUUCUUCUAAGCCUGAUGUAAAUUCUAAACAGACUGAUAGUGAAACCAGUCAUGACUUACUUACGUCACAUUUAUGUUCUAACAAAAAUACUGCCAAACUUUAUAAAUUAAUUUGGAGUGUUGGUGAUAACAAAUUGUGUAUUAUAAUCCCUCAGCAAAAAAUAGAUGUCAGCGAGUGGUUGGUUUAUCCUCCCGGUAAAACGAAUUUUCCAUUAAGCGUAAAUAAUUGUAAUCAAACAAAAUUAGCUGAUGAUUCAAAAGUACACUUACUAAUCGAGGCCGAUAUUAACAAUUUUAAUCCCAGUGCAUUUACCAGAACAAUUAAGUUAGAAGACUAUGGAUUGUUACUAUCAUGGACUGCUGAUAAAUUAUUCGCUGCUAUAAUGGAAACUGACAUUGAUCAUAUGAGUAAAUUAUCAAUAGCACUAAUGGAGAGCUUUUGCUUUAUUAACAAUGGACUUUUACUUACGCGUAUUGAAUCUGUUGAGGUAUCAGGAAAGCCUUGCAGUUAUAAUAUAAAUCAAUCUUCCCUGGGGAAUAGAAAAUUAGUUGGCAAAGCUCAAUGGAAAACUCAUAUGGAAACUCUAAAAUUAUUCAGUAGUACAGCGCGACGUGUAUCGCAGCAAAAAGAACCCUUUGAAGUGGAUACUUUACCAGGAAUAAUUGUUUCACCCGGUACUAGAUCGUUGUCAUUACAAAUGCCAACUGUUUUAGAAAUAAGUCAUCAACAUGAUACUUUAGAAGCCCAAGAAUUCAAAACAGAAGAUAGCACAUCAGUGCCUAAGACUCCUCCACCAACUCCAGCAUCUUUAAGUAUGAUGGACCGCGGUGACUCAGUAAGGCGAAGUUUGCAAAUGUCCAGUAAUGAACUCCACACGACUCUAAGCCGUAAUUCAGAGACUCCAGAUAACCAGCUGAGUGUCGCUAACUCUAAUUAUUCUUCGACGCAAAAUAUCGACGAAGAUGAACCCAAGGAAACUAAGUCCCGCGCCUCUUCAGAUGCCAAUUUAUGCGAGAGAAUACUGCCGAAGACCUUCAAAGGGGAUCCUUUUGAUAUGUCUUACACAAAUCGUGCUGAAAAGUACUCUGAAAAGAGAAAAUUUCAAAAUUAUCCAGAAGCCGGUAAGCCGCCUAACGUUUUAAUUUACGCUGACUCGACUUUAGCAAGUGAUAACAUCGAACGAGUCUUGAAACAAACUCUAAAUAAAGAAAAGUAUAUUAUUUACAAAUUAACUCCGGAAGACGCUCGCCGAGAUGUAUGGAAAGACCAGGCGAAUUUGGUGGUAGUAUGCGGUAACGUUGACAGUGAAAUCGCAUCGCAAUUAGUCAAUUACAUUGUCAAAGGAGGAAAAUUAUUGGCGUUAUGUUCCGAUGCACUGCAUACACUCUUGCCGUCAUUCAAAACUGCAGAAGUACGCGAACAUGAGCUCGUACGUUUCUCAUAUGGAAAGUGGAAAAAUGUGCAGAUGAUGCAUCACAUAUUUUGUUACCAAGCUUCGCCGAUUAAAUCACGGUUCUCUCAAGAUCAUGAAGAUGUCAAGACAACACCAGUAACUCCAGCAUCAUCAACUGUAAAAGACAAACAAGGAAAAACUCACACAUUCCAAGUACGAGUUCUCGGAGCCGAGGAGACCUGGCACACACCCAGCAUCGUCCUCGCAGACCUGCCAACCACAGGAGGCAAGGCGCUCUUUUCACAGAUCCAUCUCGAGGCUGAUCCUUCGCAGUAUGAAAUGGAAGAAGCAAAAUUCGAAGCUCUAAAAGCCAGCAACCCGGCGAGGCUUGAAAUUCUAUCAGACUUGCUAAGCUCUCACCUAGGAGUUGAUGUCAAGCCAGUAGCUUCUGGAGAUGUUGCUUUUAACCCUGGGUUUUUUCUGGGUAGACACGAGCUUAAACUGGAAAUGCUGGAACGACUGAAAGACAAGAUGGAGACUAAUGAUAUUUUUAAGACAAAUAAAAUAAAGCUGCAGUUUUGUAACAAUACUAAUAAAUUAGUACCACCAUCAUCAUCUAUUUUACCAAUCAUGUUGCAUACUUGUCCUGAUAAUUUUUCCACUAUUGAAUAUUUUGAGAAUCUCAAAACCAAAGACUUGGGACGCCUUGUAAUUUACGCAGAUAUAAUGACCUCGUCAAUGGACGUAGUUGCCGGCUGUAAGUUACACCAUGGACUAGCUGUUAUUCCUCGUCAACAAACGCAAGGCCAAGGUCGUAACAAAAAUAUUUGGUUGAGCGCAAAAGGAUGCUUGAUGUUUACAUUACAAUUACACAUUCCAUUAAAUAGUUAUCUCGGGAAUCACUUACCAAUUUUGCAACAUUUUGUGGUAGUAGCUGUUAUUGCUGCUGUUAAGUCAAUUCCUGGAUACGAGGAGAUUGAUCUAAAUAUUAAAUGGCCUAAUGAUAUUUAUUUAGGAGAUAAAGUUAAACUUGGUGGCCUUAUUGUACCAACACUUCUUGAGUCUUCAGAAGCGAUUUGCAAUAUUGGCCUUGGAGUUAAUUUAUCUAACAGUACUCCGACGAGUAGUAUCAAUGACGCAAUUAAAAAAUACAAUGAGAAAAAAGGUACAAACUUAGCGCCUCUUGGAUACGAAAAAUUACUUGCUCUUAUUUUUAAUCAACUUGAAAGUUUGAUAAAUUCAAUUCAGAAUGAUAAUGUCAAUCAUUUCUAUCAGCUUUACUACGACUACUGGCUUCAUACAGACACUCAAGUAAGCUUCGAGUCUCCUGAUGGUGCGAUCAGGGAAGUAAAAAUCCUGGGAAUAGACAGCAAUGGAUACUUAGAAGUCCAGAGCUUAGAUGGAAAAGUAUUUUCCCUUCAGCCUGACGGAAAUAGUUUCGAUAUUUUCAAAGGACUCAUUGCUCCGUCCUUAUCAAGAUAAAUCCGAAAUUCAGGAUUUUAAUUACUAAAAUAUCAAUAGAUUUAUCACGUCAUUUAUUAAGUGUUACUGAAUAUUAACUCGUCAUUUUUGAUCAUAUAUGUGUAAAAUAAUUUAUUCUAAUAACUAUUCAAUUUAUCGUUCAGCUAUCAAAAUUAUUCCAGCGCACAUUUCCAUCUCGUUUAUCAAUCACUGUAUCGAUAACUUAUGCUAGACUUUUGGAUAAAUAUUAGCUGACAUUAUGAUAAAUAGUUAAUUGAGGCAUGUGAUUUUAAGUUAGAGCUUCCGUGAUAUUUAUUUUCCAUACGCGAAUCAAAAUAGUUUCAAAGUGUUGUUUUUAAGUACCAGAGUAUAUGGAUCUGCAUUUAUUGUUGAAAAAUAUAUUUAUUAAUUACUAUCAAUCAAACUAUAACUUGAUGUAAUGUAUUCUGAUGUGAUGUAUGUUAUCUGUUGAAAUAAUUAUU